AUCAUCAUCAUCAUCAUCAUCAUCAGUAUCCUAAUUUGUGCUGCUCUCUCCACGACUGCUGUGUUGCACUGGACUGAACCGAAGCCUCCCGUCGUAGGAAGGUUGGAGUUGAGGAUCGACCUGUUUCUGAACUUCAGGUUGUGUUGUUCACAUGUGGUUGUCCUCGGGCUUGGUCCACGUGGUCGCACGUGGAAGGUUUUAGAUCCUAGACACAAAUGUGUGAUAGAUUGAGAAUAUGAACUUAUCAAACUUGUCUUUUGUCAUCUCGUCAUUUUACAUAAAAACAUGUGGUUUCCUUGGACGCCCCAGAAGCAGAUGUGGUAACGAUCAGUGUGAGGAGGUGUAACUAGGACCUGAUUCUCUUCUUGUCUUUUCCUCCGCCUCCGACGCUCCGUGUUUGAACCACCGAGGCAUCAGACUCGACCGACUGUUGAGAGUCGACGACGAUGCUGCGGAUCAGCUGAGGAACCUUCGGAUCAGAGACACACACACACCUGACUGGACGUAUCCUGGAAUCCAAAGUGACAGAUUCAACAUACACAUCCAGGACGCGAGAGCCUCCGUCGUCGUCGUCUCGCUCUCCUCAUGUGGCCUCGGUUAUUUCCGACUCUCAGGAUGACGACGUCACACGACCUCUGCACGCCUCAGUGUGGUUCCACAGCCUGACCCGGGGGGAAACCGUCAGUUCCUUCACAGCCGCGCUCGAGGAGCGCCACGCCCCCCAGACCUCCGAGCCCCGCCCCCUCGGCCCUCCGCCGCCAGGCAGCAUGGGAGACGGGAGCUGGGUCUGUCUGAGCCCAGCUGAGUUCGGACAGCUGCAACAGUACAGCGAGUACUCCACCAAGAAGCUGAAGGAUGUGCUGGAGGAGUUCCACGGUGACGGAGUCCUCUCCAAAUACAAUCCAGAGCAGCCCAUCGACUACGAGGGCUUCCAGCUCUUCAUGGCCACGUACCUGGAGAUCGACAUCCCAGAGGAGCUGUGUCAGCACCUCUUCACCUCCUUCAAGAGCAAGACGGGCGGCUGCUCCCCCGCGCCGUCCCGCGCCGGAACCAGCCUGCUGGAAGCUCGUUCCAUCGACGCAGGCAUCUCUAUUCAUACCGAAGUGGCCUGUGCCCCCAUCACAGGGAUGAACGGGAAAAGCAUCCUGUCCGCCAUGGGCCGCCACAACACGCCGGAACACUCCUGCGUGAUGAGCGCGUCGGGCUCCGGCGCCACCACGUCCCCGUGUUCGUCGCGCUCCUCCUCGCAGCGCUCGGGGACGGGGGGCCACACGCCCGGGGGGCCCCACCGAUCCCCCUGCAGCCAGGUCCGGACCUCAGAGGUCAGCAGCAGCAGCGGCAACGUCCUGACCCCCAACGCCGGACCGGCCAGGUCGCCGGUGUCCCCCAAACUUUCACCAGAGCGAAGUCGCCCCGAGAAGCCGCGGACGAGCCCGUCGCCCCAGAAAGGCUCCUCCCCCCUCCUGCCGUCGCCCCAGGUGGUCUUCCUCAAGGACAUCGUCUGCUACCUGUCGCUGCUGGAGAGGGGGACGCCGGAGGACAAGCUGGAGUUCAUGUUCCGGCUGUACGACACAGACGGCAACGGGCUUCUGGACAGCUCGGAGCUGGAUCGGAUCAUCAAUCAGAUGGUGCACGUGGCCGAGUAUCUGGAGUGGGAUUCCACAGAACUGAGACCGAUACUGAAGGAGAUGAUGGAGGAGAUCGACUACGACCGAGACGGGACGGUCACACUGGAGGAGUGGAUCAGGGGAGGCCUCACCACCAUCCCCCUACUGGUGCUGCUGGGCAUGGACACGAACGUGCAGGAGGACGGGCAGCACGUGUGGCGUCUGAAGCACUUCAACAAACCGGCCUACUGUAACUACUGUCACACCAUGCUGCUCGGGGUCCGCAAGCAGGGCCUCUGCUGCUCCCUGUGCAAGUACACGGUGCACGAGCGCUGCGUGUCCAAAGACAUCACCGCCUGCAUCAGCACCUACGCCAAGUCUCGGAGACACACCAACGCUAUGCAGCACGUGUGGAUGGAGGGAAACUCUCCCACCAAGUGCGACCGCUGUCACAGGAGCAUCAAGUGCUACCAGGGCCUGACGGGGCUGCACUGCGUCUGGUGUCAGCUCACGCUCCAUAAUAAAUGUGCAUCUCAUGUGAGGCCCGAGUGCGACGGCGGAGCCCUGAGGGACCACACGCUGCUGCCCUCGUACAUCUGCCCCGUCGUGCUGGACCGCCACUCCGUGGUGAAGCGCGGCGAGGGCGAGUCGCCGCCCAGCACCAGCCCCGACGACGCCAAUCAGAUUUUCAAAUUCUCCCCCGGCGACGGACAAGCGCUGCAGGUCACUCCUCUCCCAGGUUCUCACCCGCUGCUGGUCCUCGUCAACCCCAAGAGCGGCGGGCGGCAGGGCGAGAGGGUCCUGAGGAAGUUCCGGUACCUGCUGAACCCGCGGCAGGUUUACAGUCUGGAGCGAGAGGGUCCGAUGGGCGGGCUCAACUUCUUCCACGACGUCCCGGACUUCCGGGUUCUCGCCUGCGGAGGCGACGGCACCGUGGGCUGGAUCCUCGACUGUAUAGAUAAGGCGAACUUCGCCAGGCACCCUCCAGUGGCCAUCCUGCCUCUGGGCACCGGCAACGACCUGGCACGCUGCCUACGCUGGGGCGGAGGUUACGAGGGCGGCAGCUUGGUGAAGUUCCUCCGGGACAUCGAGCACAGCAGCGAGGUGGUGCUGGACCGCUGGAACAUCGACAUCGUGCCCGACGACAAGGAGGAGAAGGGCGACCCCGUCCCCUACAGCAUCGUCAACAACUACUUCUCCAUCGGAGUGGACGCCUCCAUCGCCCACCGCUUCCAUCUGAUGAGGGAGAAGCACCCGGAGAAGUUCAACAGCAGAAUGAAGAACAAGCUCUGGUACUUUGAGUUCGGCACCACUGAGACCAUAUCGGCCACCUGCAAGAAGCUGAACGAGUGCAUAGAGGUCGAGUGCGACGGCAUCAUCUUGGACCUCAGCAACACCUCCCUGGAGGGCAUCGCCGUGCUCAACAUUCCCAGCAUGCACGGCGGCUCCCACCUGUGGGGCGAGACCAAGAAGAGGCGGAACUACAACCGCAUGAGCAAGAAGGCUCCUGAGCGGAUGCCGGCCUGCACCGUCACGGACGCCAAAGAGCUCAAGUUUUGCGUGCAAGACUUCAGCGACCAGCUGCUGGAGGUCGUGGGCCUGGAGGGGGCGAUCGAGAUGGGACAGAUCUACACCGGACUGAAGAGCGCCGGACGCCGACUGGCUCAGUGCACCAGCGUCACCAUCAGGACGUCCCGGCGGCUGCCCAUGCAGAUUGAUGGCGAGCCCUGGAUGCAGCCCCCCUGCACGAUCCGGAUCACACACAAGAACCAGGUCCCCAUCUUACUGGGGCCGCCUCAGAAGACGCCCUUCUUCUUCUUCAAGAGACGCAACCAGAGCCGCGACUAGGACCCAAAACACACACACGAACCCCCAACACACACACACACGCACACAAUACAGUACACACACACACACACACACACACACACACACACACACUGACAAGUGGAACAUUCCUGACGUCUGGAUGCCGACAGACAAUUCAUUCCCAAAGGACUCUGCGGGCGACAGCCUUCGAACUGACAGGACUCUCUCGGUACGACGUACCGACCUUCGACCUGUGACCAUCCUCCUCCAGGCCUCAGGGUCCCAGUCAUGGAUUUUAAUCUCACUCGCCACAGUCCAAGCAGCCCCCAGAUUAAAAGAAUUAGCCAUACACCAGUGCUGCACUGCCUGCUACUGUACACACGACUGUGGUGCUGGGUUUCCCUCGCGUCACGAGGAGGCGACGGACGGGGUGAAGCGACGCAGGUCGUACGACGAAACUCCAAACACAGUACAAAGAGACGGAGCUUCAGUGCAGAGCGAUGUGGCUGUUCACGAGUAAACAGAGUGAAAACCCACCUGUAUGAAUAAUGCAACAGUGGUUCCUUGUAAGGGCGCUCGCACAUGGGGCGUCCCGGCACAGCGACGAGGGCGACGGGGGAGGGGCCUCAUCCAUUAUUGACUCGUUCAGUUUGUGGGCCGACGGCAGUGGAGCGUGACAGUCGUGGUCUGGACUGGGUGGAAACACACAGGGACGGGGUUUCAGCCCCCUGGCGUCACUGGCCUACAGAGAAAGACAAAAUGCUCUAAACAAUAUUUACAGACUGUAGAUGAUCCGGCUCUGGACUGCAGGCGCCUGUCAGUUAUGGACAUAUAUAAAUGUAUUUUACUUCUUAAACUGAUUUGUCCUCUGAGGUUGCACCAACUCGCCGGGACACUUGUCGGGGGUUGAAAUAAAUCCCGGGUGCACACGAGCCGGGGGGGGGGGUACCAGAGCAUUGACAGGCGACCUAAAUUUACCCCUCUCCUCCAGUGAAACCUUACGCCUGAUUACCACCGUGUCAGACAUCGAGUCACAAUGUCAAGUGCGCUGUCGCUGGUGCACGCCCCCCCCCCCCCCCCCCCCCCCCCCCCCCCCACAGGAGCAGAACUUGUGUUUCCAUCACAGAAUGUGGAGCAUGUGUCAUUUUAUAAGGAAUGGAUCCAUGUUACUGUCCCCGCAAAACAUAUUCUGCAGUAUGUGUGCAGACAAGAGUAUAUGUAUAUUUCUGGAAAAUAAGAGUAGCUCACAUAUUCUGUACUCAGAGUUGAGUUUGUUUUUUUUGUUAUACUUUUAAUAUACCUUUGUUAUUAUUGUAGAGGGGUUCAGAUCAGUAUUCUUCAGCGUGCGGAGCCGCAGUCGCUCUCUGACGACAGUUCUCCACUUCUGUCCGACUCACAUCCGUGUGGAGCCAGGAGCAGCUGGACCCGGAGGAAGUCUCUUGAAUACCUGAGACUCUGAGGUCGAACUGAAGAGGCCUCUUGGUGUGACAAGAACAUCUUGUCAAUGCCCGUUCACGCUGGAGCGUUUAGUUUCGUCUGAGUGAAACUACUUUAAAGACCAUGUGUCGUGGUUCACGUCCCGUCGGGGAUUUUCACCCGUAUCGGAGGAAUUUACCGAUACUGCAGUCGGCACAUCUCGUCAUUUCGUCAAUCACAAUAACACUAGAGCUCGGAAAAUUCACUGAAAAUCAGAGUCACGCGUGAUGGUGUUGAAGCUCGGAUGAACUGUGCGUGUGAUGUGAAGUGGACGUUAGUGGACAACUGUCCUGCAUCCUGCUGCUGAGCUCUGCACAUUGAUGCUGCCGGGCAGAUUGAGACUGAGCUCCGCUGACGGGGUCGGGCUGCGACGCCUUCACACCCUGGUUCCCUUUAAAGUCCCACGAGUCCUGUCCUCUCACGGCCGGGACGACGGGACGCAUCAGACGAAGAUAAACACACGUCAUAUCCUCCGUCGUGGACACACCCGCUGGUAGAACAGAGUGCAUGUUUACAGUAGCUCUACACUUCUUGAACCGAGGGUUUGAGAGUGUGUGUAUUUGUUCUGACGUUCCCUCACAUCGCCGCAUGCCCCAACAGUGAGGACGAGACCAAUCACACAUAUUCAUGCUUAACGAUUCAUAUCUCAGACAUUUCUUUGUUGUGGAUUUUACUUUUUUAUUUUAUUUUAUUUUGCAGGGGGGGGGGGGGGGGGGGGGGGGGCA